AUGGAAAAAUAAGGAAGAAAGUACCGAAAUUCAAUUAAAAAAAGUCUUACGUGUUUGCUGACUUCAAGUGCUAUUAUUGGAAUCACACUUGUCAUAUCUGUUUGCAUGAUACUUUAUGUCUACUUCUUCAGCAUAUCAAAGGAUGGAGUUGUGGAUAAUCUUCUUGAGCUACAAAGGGAACACAUGAUUCCACUAGUUUAGAAUAAAGCUGUUUAGAUCUCAGCUAGUUUACAAAGCAACAUCAAUAGUCUCUUAAUGAUAAUCUAUGAUAUUUAAGAUAUAGGUUCUGGCAAGGUCACGUAAUUAGGGGCAGAUUAGUAGAGAAAGUGGUACUGGAAUGAAAAAGUAGUAAAUAAUAACUUUAGUGGAUUUAAGAAAUAUAUGAAGAAAAAGCAUGAUGGUAUAUGGAUUAGUCAAAGUAAUUCUACUUGGUACAGCUUAACUUAGUCCACUAGAUUUUAAGACUUAACAUCUACUGAGAAAUAUGCUCUUUCAGUAGGCUCAACUAUUGAUACAUUAGUUCAGCCUACUUAUGAUUUGAAUCCGAAUGCGUUUAGUAUAAUUUACACAACUUUUGGAACAGGCUAGAGCUAUACAUACCCUUACUAGUCUAUAUUUGAUGAACCAUAACUCUAAACUAGAAGACCAUCUUAGGAAGAUUUUCAAUCAAAUAUCAAUCAAUUAGAAUAAUUGAGUAGAAAUUAAUAAAGCUCUAAGGGACGUCAAAAGUUCAUCCUUUACUAAAAGCAGAGUUUGACUGCUCUUCAGAAAAUCCUGUUGCCUCAAAAGAUCCCAGAUGUGGACCAUGGUAUCUAGAUGCUUAUGGUAUGA